AUGGACUUGUCAAAAUACACCCAUGAUAACAAACGAAUUAAGCUUAAUUCAACAGAUCCGUCACGAUUUCAGAAUGGGAAUAUUAUUACAUUAAAAUUACAAAAUUUCGUUACGUAUACACUAGCAGAAUUUGCAAUGACACCAUCAUUAAACAUGAUUAUUGGUCCCAAUGGAUCAGGGAAAUCAACAGUAGUUUGCGCGAUUUGUCUUGGUCUUGCUGGUAAGACAGAAUAUUUAGGUAGAGCAAGUGACGCAGCUAGUUACGUUAAAAAUGGUUGUCCCUAUGGUACCAUUGAAAUUACUUUAAGAGAUACUGAAGCCCCCAAUGGAGAAUUUUCAAUAAUAAAAAGAAGACUGAUGAGAGAUAAACGUGGUGGUGGAUCAGAAUAUUGGCUUAAUGAUAAACAAUGCUCUGAACAAGUCAUUAAACAAUAUGUUCGUGGGAUGAAUAUACAAUUAGAUAAUUUAUGCCAAUUCUUAUCACAAGAACGUGUUGAAAAAUUCGCAGCUUUAAAACCUGUAAUGUUAUUACAUGAAACCGUUAGAGCCAUUGAUAUUAAUUUAUUAAAUCAUUUAGAACAAUUAAAAUUAUUACAAGAAAAUGAAUUAACUUCAGCUAAAGAAAUUGAUAUUAGUGGGAAAAGAUUAGAUGAAUUAUUAAGACAAAAGGCAAAACUAGAUGAAAAUAUUAGAUCUAUUAGAGAAUAUGAAUUAAAAAAUGAAUCAUUGAAAAGACAUCAAUUUUUAUUACCUUAUACUUAUUUAAAAGAUCAUAAAGAAAAAUUAGAAUCAUUUAAGAAAGAUUAUAAAUUUGCAAAACAACAAUUAAAAAUUUUAAUUCAAAAGAAAAAAAAAUUUCAAUCAAGUACAGAUAUUAUCCAUGAAAAUGAAAAUUCAACAAAUAAUGAAUUAAAUAAUAUUACAAAAUUAAUUGAAGAUCAAAAUGAAAUGAUUAAUAAAAAUAAAAUUUCUUUAAAAAAUUUAAGGGAUUCAAUUAUUAAGAAACAAAAUCAAAUUGAAUAUUAUAAAAAUAGAGCAAACAAGAUUAAAGAAAAAAUUAAAUCAACAGAAGAUACACUUCAAGAGAGAAAACAAAUUUUACAAUCAAUUGAUUUACCUGAUCCUGAAAAAUUUAAAACAAUUUCAGAAAAGAGAAAUCAAAUCAUUAUACAACAACAAUCAACACAACAAACAAUUAAUUCAAUGAAUGAUAAAGCAAGAACAAUUGAUCGUCAAAUUACUGCUUUAAAGGAUAAAAUUCAAAGGAAAAAAAUGUCUCAAACAAAUUAUGAUAAAAUUGAUUUAUUAGAUAAUCCAAAGAGACCAGAUUUAAAGACAAUAAGAUAUGCAAUGUUAGACAUAAGAAAAAUUUCAAAGACAAAUCCAGAAUGUGGUCAACAAAUUUUGGGUCCACCAUUAAUUACAAUAUCAGCAAAAGAACCAUCUUUUGCACCAUAUUUAUCUUCUGCAAUUCCAUUUGCCACUGCAAUUGCAUUAACUGUAACUUCAGAUAGAGCCUUUGAUCUAUAUGCUGAUCCUAUAGUGAAAAAAUUUCCAGUCAAUUUAAGACAAUUAUCAAAUAAUCAAUUACAAGAACCUAUCUCUAGAGAUGAAUUAAUUGAACGUUAUGGUUUUGAAGGUUAUUUAUCUGAUUUUAUUAAAGGUGAUAAAAAAGUAAUUCAAAUGCUUUGUGAAUUUCAUAAAAUUCAUAUGAUCCCCGUGUCUCGUAAAGAGCUACCAAGCUCUCAAUUAGAACCAUUAAUGAAACCUCAAGCAAAUGGUAAACCUUUAUUUAGCCAAAUUAUUCAUGGUAAAACUUUAAUCACUUUAAAUGUCUCUCAAACAAAUCAAGUCUAUGCAAGAUCAAGAAACAUCGAAUCUAAUGCUAAUUCUCAAUUCUAUGCUUCAAGUGUAAUGUCUGAUGAAUUGAAGGCAAGUAUCAAUAGAGAAAUAGAAGAUAUGACUACACAAGUUAAUACACAUUCAAAGACACUAGAGGAACAAAUAAAUGAAAAGAAUGAUGUUACACAUCAAUUAAAGGAAUACGGUCAUGAAUUUGACAAGCUAAACAAUGAAUUAAGUGGAUUAAAUAACAUUAGAAAUAAACAUUCUAAAUUUCAAAAUGAUUGUAAUCUUUUGGAAGAAAAUUUAGAGAAAUAUAAACAAGAUGCAAGAAGAGAUGUCUCUUUAAAGAUUGAAGACGUGAAACAUCAAAUAACAGAAGAUUUAAAAGUAGAAUUGAAAUUGGCUCAAGAGAUGAUUAAACUUGUCACUACAAGAUGUACUAUGGAAGAACAACACAUUACUCAACAAGCUAACUUCUUUAAAUUUAAAAAUAUGUCUUUGUCAAUGAAUGGUUUAAUUGAAUCCUUGAAUGCGGAAGAGGAUGAACUUGAUCAAGAAUAUAGAACUAAAAAAAAUAAUUUCGAAGAACGUAAAAAUUCAAGAGAAUAUUUAGAAUGGAAGAAACAAAUCGAAACUUAUGAACCUGAUCUCAAAGAAAAAUUGGCUGAAUUAGCAGAAGAAUAUGAUAAAGAGGAUAAUUUCACUAUAUCUUUUAUUAAUGAUACUAUUGAUAAACUUGAAUCCGAAAUUUCCAGAUUAAAUCAUGAUGCAUCUUCAGUUAAAAUUAUAGAAACAGUAGAGAAAGAAAUUAAACAAUUAGAAGAAGUAUUACCAGGUCAACAGAAAAAAUUGGCCGAGACACGUGAAGAAAUGAAUAACAAAAGAUCUAUUUUGGAACCUAAAUUAGAUGAAAUUAUUGAAAUGAUCUCUAAAAAAUUCGCUGAUUUGUUUAAGAGAGUAGGGAGUGCAGGUGCCAUUAGAUUAAAUAAACCAGAUCUUUUCACCAAAUGGGAGAUUGAAAUUCUAGUCAAAUUUAGAGAUAAUGCAGUAUUAAAACAAUUGGAUCCCCACACCCAAUCUGGUGGUGAACGUGCUGUAUCCACAGUGUUAUACAUGAUGGCACUUCAAGACUUUACUACUGCACCCUUUAGAGUCGUAGACGAAAUCAAUCAAGGUAUGGAUAGAAGAAACGAAAGAAUCGUUCAUAAGGCUAUGGUAGAAAACGCUUGUAAAGAGAACACUUCUCAAUAUUUCCUGAUCACGCCCAAAUUAUUAACUGACCUAUACUAUCAUGAAAGAAUGAGAAUUCAUUGUGUGAUGGCUGGGCCAUGGAUUCCUAACCCUUCUGUUCAACCUGAAAUGCAACAUUUCGGUGAAACAUCAAAUUAUGUAUUAUAA